UGAAGUAUGCCAUACUGAUAGCCCAUUUCUAACAUAAGUAUAACAAAACAUAAUUUUACAGUAUGAAGAGUAGACUAGAUUGUAUCAUUCCCUUCAUCGUAAGAGAUUAUUUUCUGGGAACUAUAGGAUUAGGUUUUUUCUUGCCCAGAAAGACUUUGCAUUGUCAGAAAAAAAUACAGAAACAACUGUCAUUUAGGAAUCUAGAAUAUUGCUGGAGAUUGUAAGCUAAACUGUUGUCUAGUUUUGCUUUAGUUUUCUAUCUUGGCUUUGGCUGCGCUCUGCUUCAGGGGAAAUCUCUGGCUCAGAAAAGAUUUUGAAUGUUAGUCUUGCUGCUAAUGCUCUUGUGCAAAAAAAACCUCUUCGAACUCUACGGUGGUAAAGGUUUAUGCAAUUCAUAUUUUAAUGAUAAAAAGUUUUUUAAAUUAAGUAUGCUAAUGUAGUUGUAAUAAGUUUAACAUGCUGCACAUCCCAUUCUGACACUAAAAUAAUAAUAAAAUCUCAGUCUUUUUUCCAGAAUAUACAGAAAAGCCAGUUCUUCUAGUAGGAAUAUAUUAUUCUGGGCAUAGUUGUUAUAAAAUACAUAGAUACAAUACAUUGUUGUUUUUUUAAAAAAGCAAACAAACCAAACACUUUUUUUCUUCUGCCUCUUGCAUGAUGAUCAGUUAUUGGCAUCUGCCUAUUUGCUUAUGCAGUCAUGCUGAAGUGGAAUACCCCUCCAAAAUCCGGUAGCUGGCAUUGACAUGUAGGGGUAUCAAUGCAAGCAAAGAAUGUAGCGUUGUAUUCUUCUUGGUAAUUCAUCAGCUCUUUUACCUGAAGUGUUGCGUGUGUGAUUGGAGACCAGAGCUUCUGUUUAGUGGUAUCACUUCCAGAUCUUGAAGUCUGUCUGCUGUGGGCAAGUAGGAUUAGAAAAAUAAUAUUGGGGAAGGGAAGGUCAGCAGAGAAAAAGGAACAAAGACAGUGAAGUAGCAGUUUCCCUCUCCUGAAGGGAAGAGACUUAAAAGAAGUGAAACAGUUUUCAUAUAGUUAGUUCUUUUAAAUGGCAAUGCUCCAUCAAGCUUAGAUUCUGGGUGUCUUAAGCAGAUGUUGUUUGCUCUCUCGGAUAGAGAAAGCAAAGGGCAUAAUGUCUUAGAUGCUCAUGCUGGCAUUUUCAUACAGAUACAUCACUGAGAAGGUAGAGGGACUUGGCUUCUUUGGAUGAGCAGGUGAAUGAGGCUACGGCAGGUGGAAGCAGAGGCAGACCUUUUACAACAGUGUCUUUGCUCACCUGCUAUGGAAACAAACAAACAAAAAAAAACCACAAAAGAAGACUUAGUGUCUCUGUGGUGGGGGAGAAAAAUAAAAUAUUUUUUUUAAGUCUGGAUAAUAAUUGAAGAAUCAUGUAGAAAGAAGAAAAAACAACAACAUCAGGGACAUUACACUCAGAAACAAAACUAAGAAAAAUACAUUUUGUGCUUGAAGACUGCACUGAGCAGAGCAUGUUCUGUAAUAGGAAACAAACUGGCACAAACUGUAGAAGGAAAAAAGUUUUAGGAGAAGCGUAGGAGAACUUCUUGCAUUUCUAACUGUAGUACUUCAUAAAAUGUCCAGAUACAGCAAACGCUGCAUAGUACAUACUGGUUCUUUUAAAAUACGUGGCAUGUUUUUUGUGCAUUCUCUGAAAUUCAGAGUUUGGCAUUUUGAAUCUUUUAGCCUGAGUUUGUAGGUUUAGUAUUGAUAGGCUCUUGUGACGUGCUAUUUUUUUAUCUGCAGCAAAAAUGUAACUUUGACAAACUGUGCCAUAUGAUGGAGUCACCAUCAUGAAAAGUGUAAUUAUUUAUGUAAUGCAUUUGUAACAGGCAUUUGGCUGCUGUGAUAAUAAGCACUGUACAAUCAACAAAAUGGUAUAGCAACACUCUGUGUGCUUUUCAGAUUGUACAAAAUGCACAUCUGAAUUGAGACAGAAAUAGCUACAGUACAAAUGAUUCAUACAGGUGACUGAGGAAGACUUUCAGAGUUGUCAAGGUGAAAGCUAGCAGUUUAGGGUUUUCUCUUUUAGGAUCUUCUUUAAGGAUAACGUAUUGUCGCAGAAGGGUGUUUGACUAGUCUAGGGAAGUGGCACAUUCACGGUAACUGACAUGCGUCUCCUUAAUGCUGCAUGUGUUGAGUUUGGGUCCUGCUGUCUGCCAAUUUAAACGUACUGCUGCAUCAGUAAUGUCACAUAAUAAGCCUGCCAUUAGAUUGUUUGAAGUUCAGUCUUCCCGGGUGUCUUGGGACAACUAUAAAACUAUUUUAAAUACACAUUUUUGAAAAGUAAAUAUGAAUGCAGAGGAUUUUUAUUGGAUUUGUCAUAAGAUUAAUGAAUUAUUAACUCUAUAGAACAGGUUUUGGUUACUCAUUGAUGAUUGAUGGGGAUUUUAAACAACGUAUAUAUGCAUGCCUCCAUCAGUACCCCAGAUUCUUAAAUGUUAGCUGAACAUUGCAGUUCCUGAGAUAUGUUCCCCUUCAUCACGCCCAAGUGAAAGAGCGAGCCUUCUCCCAGGAGCAGGGGUACAGCUCUGCACUGAUGUGAUUCAAGAAUCUGCAGACUCAGAACCAACUCAGGGACUGGCUCCUUAAUCACCUUAAUUUGAUUUAACUGCAGGCUGCUGCCAGAAGGAGUGGCAGCACCCUGCCCCAUGCCUCAGGCUCUGUAUUCCACCUGUAGUUCAGUUGCUGUGAAGCAACUACAGGAUUUCACCUCUGUAUCUCUGCAUUUGGGAAGGGCUGAUGUAAGGCAUUAAUGACAAUUGUCCUGAAGUAGAAAAUGCUGCAUCUUUAUCUUCAGUAAUUCUUACACUGCUAUUCUUGAGCUGUGCCACAGAUCUUUCAGUUCAUUCAAAUCUGUAUUCAUUAUAUAGAUAACGUAACAACUGUACUAUUCUGUUCUAACUCAGUCUUGAGCUGAGAGUGCCAAUAAUGAUAAAUUCUGUAAAAAUGGGACUUCCACUGCAGACUACGAAGUUACUUUCCUUCACAGCGAGUUCAGAUUUUACGUCUGUGCUUCCAUAUGUGUCAUUGACUUCUACUAAUCAUCUUUAUCUACCAGUUCAUGAAAAAACAUUGGUAGUUAAGUGUGAACACCAGGAGUCUUUUAAUGAAGAUCUUGAUGAUUCUGGGAAAUUUAGAAAGCAGUUGGGAGUAGAUCUGCUUUGUUGGGAGCAUGAAGCAUGCCUAGAUUGUGCAGCUCCCCAAGGCAGUGUCUGUCUUUUUGUGGCCUCGUCAUGUUUCCCCCUUCCAUAGAGCUACCAAGAAAAUUCUUACAUUGUAGAAUACUGGAAUAGAUCCUAAUGGGAUUCAAAUCACAUUUAAAUAUUAAUAUUAUAAAAUGUCACGAAGGAAAUAUAAAGAUAAUUACAGGAACAAUUGGAUUAGCUGAUACAGUGCUUUGACCCAGGAGGACAUACACUGUCAUUCUUAAAUGGUGCUAAAAGUUUAUAGCUAAAAAAAAAAUCACUCCAGUCUUUGAGAUGGUAGAAGUACUUUGAACGUUUAAUGUCUGUUUUGAGGAUUUGUAAAUGAUCCAAAAGCUCCCUGGUCCUGCCACUUGGAAGCAUUAGUUGGUCGUUACUGAAAUUGGUGUCAGUACAGGUUAAGUUUCACCCCCCUUUCCUAGUUGUGUGUGAAGGACAGUGGAAUGGCUUGAGAUACGUGUUCUAACAAAAACAUAACAAAGAAUAACCGGUAAAGGAGUAGCAAACAUCUCCUUUCUUUCCCCUAUCAUGCAGUGGCAGAACUCUGUCAGUCUCCCUUGUGAAUUCAGAUGGUGGUGGUGGUGGUGUUCUGCUGUUGACGUCAAAGUAUUAAUUUGAUGUUCUGCUGAAAAAGACGUCAGUCUCUGCCACUCUGUAUGGAAAGAAAGAUACUACUCAGGUGUAGAUUGGUAUUAAAGAUUAUAUCCUUCUUGCCUCUUUGCGUAUGAGAACACCGUUUAUUUAUUUUAAAGAACAGGCCCUAUCUCCUAUGUCAGGCCAGGUUGAAAAGUGAAUUAGUUGUUCGUGCCACGUUUAGCAGCAGAGGCAGGACUGGUCCUGCUGCAGUGUGGCCUUUGCUGGGUGAAGGGAGACACGUUGCCCUGGGACACAAACUUAACUUUAAAUGUCACUUUAAGAUAAGUAAAAAGAGUUCCCCAGAAGUUUUAGAGCAGAAAGAAAAUUUUCUUAGGGCCCUACAGGGAAUGGCUUGCUUUGGCAGUGGUAGUGUGGUUUUACUGAGAACUUGUGUAUAAUUGGACUUGUUGUUCUUUAUAUUCUAGCUGAUAUUUGAAAAGCAGUAUGUUUUGAUAAGUAAAGUUUUCUUUGCAUGGUGUCUGUUUUUACCACAGUCUGAUGGUAUAUAUGCUGAAUGUAACAAAUAGCUGAGAUGAUGAGAUAAUAUCUGCAAAGAGGAAUAAUCACGGGGGUGCUAUCAUGUGCUGGGGGGUUCUGAACAUAGCUCCACUGUAGCAGAACACUUUUACUUUACUUUUUGUUUUUCAAAACAAGAGAAUAAACAUAGCCUGAGCAGAUUGCACCAAAGUCUGACUUAGGAGCAGUGCUGAGUGAAGAAUUGUGCUAAAAGAAGCUGAGAAUUUUAACUGAUAUUGCUGAAAAACUUUACAAGUAUGAUGGUUCGGGGUGUUUUAUCAUGCUCCUCUAAUGCUGCUUUUUUGUUAGAGACUUUUUAUAUAAGGGUAGGGCAAGCAAGACAGUAAGAGAGCAGGAUCCUUGAAGACAAUAUAGUUACAUUAGAUGCUAAGGUAUGAUACCAUGGAUGAUUUUUUUAAUUUUUGUUUUUGAUACAACAUUCCUCUUUUUUUACUUCCUGUUACUUAUUUUAUGAGUCUUUUGUCAUACUUCUAGUCCAGAUACAGCUACUGAUGUUUGUGCUAAGGUGCUUGCUUUUCUGCACUUCAGUUUCUCCUUACAUUGUUAAAAAAUGCAGGAUUAAGCAGGAUAUAAGGCUUGGAAAAGUCUUCAGACGUACAUCUGAAGUAGCAGCAGGUCUAUACAAACUGCUAAACUGGUGUAGUGGUUUAACCCCAGUUGGCAACGUAAGCACCACACAGCUGCUCGCUCAUCCCGCAUGCACAGUGGGAUGGGGGAGAGAAUAGAAAAGAAAAAAAAAGUGAGAAAACUCAUGGGUUGAGAUAAAGACAGUUAAAUAGGACAGAAAAGGAUAAUAAUAAUAAUAAUAAUGGAAUAUACAAAACAAGUGAUGCACAGCACAAUUGCUCACCACCUGGAGCUGAUGCUCAGCUACUUCCUGAGUCGUGCCACCUCCCCGCCAGCCCCCAGUUAUAUAUGGAACAUGACGUCAGAUGGUAUGGAAUAUCCCUUUGGCCAGUUUGGAAGUCUACAAAUAGAAGACCUCCAUCAGGGUGAACUGAAGUCAUCCUAAGGAAAAAAUUCAUUGCAUGGAUUGUGUAAACUCACUGAGACUGAAGUAAAGCUGGAAAGGAAUCUACAAGUGAAUAAAACAAGAAGUUUGGAAUUGGAUUUGGGGAAUCUGGGCUUGGAAAUGCCUCAGCCCAGUGUGAGUGGAAUGGACCCUCCUUUUGGGGACGCUUUUCGGAGCCAUGUGUUUUCAGAGCAGACUCUGAUGAGCACGGAUCUCUUGGCAAGCAGUUCAGAUCCAGACUUCAUGUAUGAACUGGACAGAGAAAUGGACUAUCAGCAAAGCUCCAGAGACAACUUACUUUCAAUGGAGGACUGCAAAGACCUUGAGAACUUGGAGUCUUUUACAGACAUCCUGGACAAAGAAGCUGCUCUCACCUCAAAGUGGGAGCAGUGGGACACCUACUGUGAAGACUUAACUAAGUACACUAAAUUAACCAGCUGUGACAUCUGGGGAACAAAAGAGGUGGAUUACCUGGGCCUUGAUGACUUUUCAAGCCCAUACCAAGAUGAAGAGGUGAUAAGCAAAACGCCGACACUGGCUCAGCUUAACAGUGAGGACUCCCAACCUGUUUCUGAUUCUCUCUAUUACCCUGAUUUGCUCUUUAGCGUAAAACAAAACCCUUUAAAUUCUUUGUUACCCGGCAAAAAAAUUGCAACCAGAGCAGCAGCCCCAGUCUGUUCCUCCAAGAACGUUCAGGCUGAGGCACCUUUGUCGGACUACGUUCAGAAGGCAAGCAAACCUGCAACUCAGCCUGCUUCCAGUACACAAAUCAUGGCGAAGACCAAUGUGUACAAUAAUGAAAAGGUGAACAUUCAUGUUGAAUGUAAAGACUAUGUUAAAAAGGCAAAAGUAAAGAUCAAUCCUUUACCACAGAGCAGACCGGUGCUGAGCCAGACACAUGCUGAUGCAGCAAAGGAAAACACCUGCUAUUGUGGUGCUGUAGCAAAGAGACAAGAAAGGAAAGGACUAGAGUCCCCGCAUAGUCACAGUACGCCUCCUAUUUUGCCUUUUAAAGAGACUCAAGAACUGCUCCUCAGUCCACCCCAGGAAACCCCAGGACUUAUUGUGGGGGAGAGCAGUCUUUCUGCCAGCACAUUGGUGUCAGAUUCUUCACAGAAGAAAGAAGAGCACAACUACUCUCUUUUUGUAACAGACAGUUUGGGUGAACAGUCAGCCAAAGGAGACCCUGAGGAAGAUGAGGAUGAUGAGGACGAUAUUGAAGAUGAGGACCAUGAUGAAGGAUUCGGCAGCGAGCACGAGCUGUCUGAAAAUGAUGAUGAGGAAGAAGAUUAUGAGGAUGAUAAAGAUGACGACAUCAGCGAUACUUUCUCAGAACCAGCAGUAACACUUAGUGGGUCUUCAAAGGAUACUGAAUUCCUCUCUUCUGCAUGUAAAACUGGAGCCUUAACAACAGAAAUAAGAACUAACCUUCACCUAGAAGGGUAUGAAAAUGAUUCUGUGGAGGAUUUAAAAGAAAUGACUGCAAUAUCCUCUCGGAAAAGAGGCAAGCGAAGAUACUUCUGGGAGUACAGUGAGCAACUAACACCAUCGCAACAAGAAAGAAUGCUGAGGCCAUCCGAGUGGAAUCGAGAUACGUUACCAAGUAACAUGUAUCAGAAGAAUGGUCUCCAUCAUGGAAAAUAUGCAGCAAAGAAGUCACGGAGGACUGAUGUAGAAGACCUGACUCCCAACCCCAGAAAACUUUUACAGAUUGGUAAUGAACUGAGGAAGCUGAAUAAGGUGAUCAGUGACCUGACGCCAGUCAGUGAACUUCCCUUAACUGCCAGACCGAGGUCAAGAAAAGAAAAGAACAAGCUGGCUUCCAGGGCUUGUAGACUAAAAAAGAAAGCCCAGUAUGAAGCCAAUAAAGUAAAACUCUGGGGUCUCAACACGGAAUAUGAUAACUUACUGUUUGUGAUCAAUUCCAUUAAACAAGAAAUUGUUAAUCGGGUGCAGGUACCUAAAGAUGACAGAGGAGUCAACAUGGAACAAAAAUUGAACAUACUUAUUAAAGACACUCUUGGACUACCUGUAGCUGGACAGACAUCAGAAUUUGUGAAUCAAGUUUUAGAGAAGACUGCAGAAGGAGACCCCACUGGCGGCCUUGUAGGGCUACGAAUACCAGUGUCAAAAGUUUAAGACAUGACUUCAGCUGUUCUCAUCGGUCAGAUUCUACCUGUGUUGUCAAGUACUUCAUUGUAAAUUGCAUUCUGGUCUGCAUGUCAGUUUAGCAUUGUGUAAACACUUACAAUUAGGUUCCAUUGUUUUUAAAUAACAAUGUAGUAAAACAAAUCAAAGCAUGAUUUAAAAUGCUUAAUAGCAUUUUUGGAGCAUAAACCAGAUAGUUUCAAAGCUGCUUUAAGCUUAAAUACAGAGAUGAGGAUUCUUUUUAAAAUUAGGUUAUCUAGGACCAGACUAUAUCACUUUUGUUUUAGAAGCAAAACCGUGAUUUUUGCUAGUAAAGAUUUUUAGCAUAUGCCAGACAUUGUGACAGGUUUAUGCUCCAAGUAAAAUAAGAGGAAGCAUUUUUUUUGUAAAGCUGUCAAUUUAGGGUUUUUUUUUUCUUUUUUUUUAAUAAUUGGAUUUUCUUUAUUCUUAAAAACCAGUAAGCUUUCUUUGCAACCAUUAACUUGUACAUAGCACACAUGGCAUUAGAGCUAGUGUGCCAUAUAAGACUUUAAUUUUCUGAGCUUAAUAUAGUAUUUAAAUGUCUGUGCAAGCAAGAGAAAAAAAGUAUAUUCUUUGUGCCUUGUAUUUUGGGGGGAGAGCUAUCAGUAUAAGCUGGUAAAGUUUUGUACGAAGAAAACCCUGAGGGGAAAAACCGAGAUGUAUAGAUGGUAAGAUUAUAGGUUUUAAUGUAUUUGUUCCAGCUCUUAAAAUUUUUGAAUGUAUAUAGGAAUAUGUUGAAAAUGUAGAUAUAUGCCACAGAGUCUAUGUAUUGUAUAAAAGAUGGCUCUAGAAAACUCAAUUUCGGUACUUUGGCCGGAAGAAAACAAAUACUUGCACAUUAAUGCGAUUGUUUAUUUUUGUACCAAAGACAAAUGCAACUGAUAUGGCGAACUGCCAGUCUAAGUAAAGUUUUGCACAGCUUAUAUGAUACUGUACUGAAUGUAAAAACAAAUGAAAAAAAAGAAAAAAAAUUAAAGGUCAGGGUUAGGGAUCUUACUGAACUGUGAAUUUUUUUGUUUGGGUCCAAUUAUCUACAGAAGGAGCAUUCAUACAUAACAAUAUUAUUUUGCUGUUCUUGUAGUUCGCUUCCAUGGUAGAUAAGUUGGUGGCCGUCUCAGAGUCUUUAAAUCUUUUUUCUCUGCACUUACUGUAGGAGAUUUUAAUAUAUUUGGAUUUUAGUAAGCUAUUGGUAAAAAUAGUUUUCAACUUUGAGAAUUUAAAAAAAAUAUUUAGCUUGUUGUAGUAUACUUCCACCAAACAACCAAAAUAAAAUUAUUUUUAUUGUAAUGUGUAUAUAUGUAAAGAGAAAAAAGAGCUACAAAUAUCUAAUUCCUUAGUUGCCACUUUUCCAGUUGAUGUAUUAUUAUGCAUGUGAUGUUUCCAAGGAUCAACACAGGCUUCAAACAAAACAACAAAAAAAAAUUUAUAGACUUUUAUAUUUUUGUACAGGUAUUUCGAAACUAGCUUCUUCAAACUUAUAUGUGACUUGUUAAUUCAGUAGUUUCUAUGAUUGAGGAAUAUUAACACACAGUUCUUAUUUGCUCUUCUGCUAAUAAGAGUUGGCUUUGUAGUCAGUGUUAACGUACAGAUUAAAAGCUUUAGCCUUUGAUGAGAAAGUCCUUUAUCUCAAGGCAAGAUCAUUCUCUGGUUUCAUGGACCCCCCCCGCCCCCUUUUCCUCCCUGUUCUUUCUCUCCCUAUUUAAAGAUGACAAAACACUGUUUACUGAAAAUAGAAAUACCAAAUAUUUUCAAAUGUAGCUGCUGCAAAAAUGCAAAAGUCCAUGAAGGCUCUCUCCCCGCUCCCUUUGGGGAAUUUCUCCACUUCAUUUCUAGUUUGUCUAAGUUUGUUUGUACUGUGAUUCCUUUUUGUUUAUAAGUAAUUAUUUUUAUAUCCAAGCUUGUACUAUAUAAAAAAAGGUCUGAAUCGGUAAUAGUGCAGUAAGAGUGGCCGAUGAAGGUGGCAGUCCUGCCACAUACUCGGGAGUGUGCACACAGCUUACUUUGUAUCUAAAUAUUUUGGAAGAGUCAAAAGGGAGGAGGAGGCCAAAAUACCACUACUGAGCUGUACAGAAAGUCUUUCCUACAAGAGACUGAACAAAUACCCAGGGCAAUUUAGGCAAGACUUUGUAAAUCCACUUAAGGCGUGCAAAAUCUGAGUGGAAUGUGGGUGUUUUUGUUUCAGGUGGUUUUGUUGUCAUUAGGAUGAGGUGAGAGUUGGCUGCUGCUUUACAGAGUGGGUCAGAUGUAUUCCUGUUGUAAUUAUUGCCGAUGUUGCAGUUAUUCUGGAGAUGCGUGUGGCCCAUAAAACCCUGACGAAGAAUGUCUCUUGUGAAGUUAAGGCCGUGUCUGUACCAAGAUUUGAAUACUGUUGUUGUUCCUUUUUGAUGGAUGGUGUUACCGCACUGCUCGGAUAUGAGAGAUCCUUAUGCUAUAGCCAAACUGUGUAGACAGGGCAGCAUUUCUAAACAUUAAGAGAGCAGUUUUGCAAUCAGGUCAAAACUUCUGUGACAAAUUAAACUGACAAGGUAUUAAAAAGCCCCUUUUUUACUGCUCAGAAAUACUGGGCAAAUAUAACUUUAUAGCUUUUUAUUUUUGUCUGAAAACCAGAAUAUGAUUUUGGUCUAGCAUUUCAAAGUAGACUUUGAAUCUUUAGUGAAUUCCAUACCCUUGCAUUUCAGUGUUUUCUAUGUAUUAUUUUAAGUUAAAGCUUUUAAAUAGUUGAGCUUUUUAAUGUUGACACUUUAUUUUGUACCUAUUUAUAUGUAUGUAUAUCUUAGAAAAGCACUUUGUUUAAAAAGGAAAAAAAAAAAAGAAACUGCGUUUUAUAUGAUUCCUGCCACUUGCUGCUAACUCUGGGCUGGUCAGAAUGCUGCAGCGAUACUUGAUAUAAAUAAAACCUGGCAGUAAAAUGUAGAGUAAAGAUAAGACCUUUUGCUGGUUUAACUUUAUCAUAAAGGUGACAUAGGCAAGCUGUGCAGCUUUACAUUUUAACCAGGGGACUCUGUGGCAUUUAAACCGUCUAGAAAUGGUUGUACUUUAAUGCCAGUAACAAUCUGCUUCCUCUAGUGUCAUUAAAAUAUAUACAUUUAGUGUAUACUUAUCACAAACAAAAAUCUUAUAAGGGUAUAAAAACCAACAAAUGUACAUGUUCUGUUUUUUGGCAAUUGUGGCAUGCAUUUUUGGAUGAUCUUUAGAGAAGACCAUUUUCUAAAGAUUUUCAGUGUUCAUACAUGGUAUGUGGAUCUUAAUGAAGUCCUGGAUUUUUUGUUUGUUUUUGAGUGUAGGCAUUGUGAAUAUUCACUUUUAAUCCUAUAUCCAAAAACAAUUACACAUUUUUGGUUUAAUACAAACAAAAGCUCUUCCUUUUUCUGAUACACUGGAUUCUCUAGAAUUUGUUUCCAUAUUAAACGCAUGCUGUCAUAACUGCUCUUGUUGAGAUCUCGUCAGUCUGAACUUAGGUGCCACACUUUGAAUUGAUGGACUGCUUGUUCUACUGUACCAUGUAUGAUUCUCGUCCUUUCCUACUUCCUUCAUGACAGAUGAUGAUGUGGCUUUAUAUUGUGCCUUACUUGUACAUCUAGAACUAAAUGUUUUUCAUUCCCUCUGAACUCUCCAAACCUAACCCUUCUGAAAUUGAAUCAGAACUGAUAAAAGCAUCCUGAGGAAAGUCUGGAUAGAUCUGAUUUCAGUUUCUCUCAAUAGUAGUCCUUUUGUAUUUGUAUGGAAGACUAGUUUUUGAAUGGCCUUGCAAAAUGUGGGGGUGCUCAUGGAGGGUGUUUUUUAGCCCCAAACCCCUUUUGCUAACACUUCCUUUUAUGGUUUAUUGAACACAUUUACUGAUACGUGGCGAGUACUUUUUUUUUGGAUGAGAGAGACUUAUUACUAAAGCUAUGUUUACGUGUGGAUGGGCUGGGUUUUAUUACCAUACCAGUUGAAAUCAUUGUGAUUUAAUGAAGUUGCAUUGCUGUAAAGCUGAUAUGAGAGUCAGGCUCAGCUGUGUUCAGUUCCUAAUUCUUUAUAGAUAGCAGACUUUUUUUCCAUACUAAGAGGGCCAGGAAAAAGUGGGUUUUUAAAAAAAAAAAAAACAAAAAACAAAAACAAACAACUAAACAAAAAAAAUGGAUGAAGGGUCUUCUUUUAACUAACCUGAAAGCAACCAGACACUUCUGAAAUAGAGGUGUCAGUUUUGAUUUUAUUUGAAAAAGGUCCCCCCCUAAUAUUUAUCUGAUAUUUGCCUUCAUUAAUAAAACAGCUUAUUCACAAAAUAUAAAGACUGGAUGUGCUUUUCUUUUCCAUAAAUCAUUUAAACAUAGCUAUUUUUUUAAAGCUCGAAAAGGCUUUAUCAGGAGAAUUUCAAAGGGUUGUAUACAAGUUGCCUUCAGCAGAAAUAGCAAAUGCAAUUCUGUUCCUCAAAUGUGCUUGCUAGUCUUCCUGAAAUUCUGUUGAGGCGUAACCCAAUUAUGUACCGUGAAUGUUAGGAUCUGUAUUUGGCCUUGUGAUCUGAAUUUCAAGAAUGCAUCUAAUCAUGAUUUUAUUUUCUUUUUAAGCUGGAGGCUUCAGUUGGAAUCAUCUAGUUAAGUGUGCUGCUAGAUGUGGUCUUGGCUUAUUGACACAGCCUUGCGCACAGCUAAGGUUUAUUUUGUUUACCCCAGGGAUCGUGUGAAGUACAUUUCAAACAGUCACUGCUUCAGUGACUGAUUCUUCUUCUAACUGUAUUAAGGGCAUUAGUAUGUUGAGAAAACACCACUCUUUAAUAUCUCCCAAUAUAAAUUGGGAUUCUUAAAUGUCAUUAAUGAAAAAGAUGGCACUUUUUAGGUUCUAUCUUCUUUACAGCAUACAAAAAUGUCUCAAUCUUUCUACAAUUUACUUUUCACAAUAUGCCAUGUUUUUUUCCCCCAGUGCUUCUAUCAUAAGAAGGUGUGUGUGUGUGUGCCUGCGCGCACUGAUUUAUAGUCCUCAGCCUCUUAGACAUUCAUGAACUUCCACAAGAGCAAAUACUGACUAUGCAUUUAUUGUCUUUCUAAAGAGCUGUGGAACUAAAAGUGAAGCCAGAGCUAUUUUAAGCCACGCUUUUUUUCCAUAAAAAACUCCAAACUUUUUAGGUAACAUCGGAGUUUUUCUUGAGUUAAGAAUAUUUUGUAGUCAGGUAUGUGUGUAAGUCAAGUUUGGGUGAGUUAACUAGCUAGUGUAAGGAAAACUUCUGGAUUGGAUUUGGUAUCGGCAAAAGCACACUUCGCCCUAUCAGUCUGAUUAAGAAACAGAACCUAGGAGUAGCAAUUUUAUUAAUCUUUCUUGUAAUAAUGGAUAUUCUUAUGUUCUGAUUUGAAUCAUCUAUCUUCCCAGGAUAUUAUGUCCAAAUAAAACUUAUUGCUCAGUAUUUGCGGUUGGGUGAACUCUUAAGGCUGAUGGAUGUCGGUGGUUGACAGGAGGAAAAAAGGUAUUUUAAACAAAACAUGGCAUCCUGUUCUCCCUAUGCUUGGGGUCAUGGUUGUAAUACUGUCCUUGAUAUUCUAUAAUCAACUUCCAACUGGAGCUCAGAAAAACUUACUGAAAGUCUUGUCUCUUAGAAAAUAAAUUUACCUUGUGAAAAGCAUGAUCUGUUAAGAGUUGCAAUGUUUAAUGUUGGUUAAUAGUUGUGCAGUUUUUAUUUUUUUGAAGAGAGGCACAAUUAAACUAUUGACUUUGUUUACUCUGUCACCCUUGAUCCCUAGCACUUCUAUUCAGAUACAAAUUCAUCAAUGUAUGCAACAUCCUUUGUAAUUUAAAAUAAAAAUUGUGGAGGAAAUACCA